AUGGCUCAAAAGGAACCCGGUCAAAUUUUGUUAAUUGGGGCUGGUUUACCCCGCACUGGAACUUCGAGUUUGAAGAUCGCAUUUGAGAAAUUAUUGGGAGGACAAUGCUACCACAUGACAUCGUUCAUCAUGGAGGGAACGGAUUUUGAUCAAAAACACUGGACCAAGGCCCUCCGUGGUCAAACUAAUUCCCAGGAUUGGAUCCAAUUUUUCCAAAAACGAGAUUGCAUCAGUUGCGUGGAUUUCCCUCCGGCAUAUUUCUUCAAGGAGAUCGUUCGAGCUUUUCCCGACGCCAAAGUGGUCUUGUCCACCCGGAAUCCGGACACUUGGCACGAAUCAGUCGAGGAGUCCGUAAUGCGCACCCAAAGGAUUCUCCGAAGCUUCCCCGCUUCUUUAGUGGUGGCCCAAAAACCAGGCAUGACGGAGAGUCUGAAUACGGCCUAUGCACUCUCAACCACCCCGCCCCAAGGUUUCGCUCACAGCUUGUUCAGUUCAAUCGAGGCUGGAAAAUCCGAGUCCAAGCGGUUCUAUGACGAUUGGAUCUCGGAGGUGAAGCAAGUGGUGCCCAAAGGUCAAUUAUUGGAAUUUGAAGUGAAGCAAGGUUGGGAGCCUUUGUGUCAAUUCUUGGGGCUGCCUGUGCCAGACCAGCCAUUUCCAAGAGCGAAUGACCGCCAAACCAUGGCCAAGACCAUCAAUAAGUUAAGGUUCAUCGGCUGGAGCAUGGUUCUUGGCGCACCAUUAGUUUUGGGGAUUUUUGUUUAUGGAGGCAUUUACUUAUACCAUCAUUAUAAUCAAACUGUCUAAAAAUGAGGGGGGGGAGUAUUAUCUUUAUAACAGAACCCAGAUGGAGAGAGUUUUGUAAGUACUAUAUCCACCUUGAUCUAAAUCAUAGGGCGAGAAAUUGAACUAUUUCAAAACUACUCCUCAAGUUGCUAUUUUUGUACUCAAGAGCAAAAUUUACGUUGUUGUCUUCCUUACAAUUCUAUAAAGUUUCCUAUUUGCAAAAAAUAAACUUUUCAGAUCCA